AUGGCAAAGAGUAAGCUGAUGGGCACUCCGAAUCCCACACAUAUCCACCCAGCUCUAGGAGCGCACUUCAUAGCACGGGACCCAUAUGACUUGACGGGGGCAGCACUGAUCCCAGCAUCUCCAGAGGCCUGGUCUCCUUACCCUAUCUAUACCCCGGAGCUCAGCCCAGGCCUGCCCCACACGGCUUUCACCUACCCAGCAGCAGCCGCUGCAGCAGCAGCCGCACUUCAUGCUCAGAUAUGCUACAAUGGUGCAUGA